UCCACUUAUUUAGCUUAAAGUCAUAUGGAUGUGUGUGCCUAAUAAAAGUCUUUGUAGAAAAAAGAAACAGAAAAACAAAUUAUUAGAAUUUUACAAAAGCAAGUAGUAACCCAAUUUUAAAAAAUGCAAGAAGUCUGUACAGCAUUAGAAAGCCAAAUGGGCGCACAAAUCAAAUCUGAAUCACCGCUAAAUGCACUGCAAGUGCAAACCGGUCAAACUGUGGUGCCCGGAGUGACAGCCACGCCACAGCAGGUGCAACAGCAGGCCACAGCCAAUGUAACGGCUGCCACUGCCACAGCAAUGCUAAUCAACAAAAUGGGACCAAACUGUGAUAAACGAGUUAAUGCCAAUGAAGCACCCUACUGGAUGACAGCCAGCGAGGGGGGUUUCAUCAAUUCGCAACCAUCAAUGGCAGAAUUUCUCAAUCACUUAAGUCCCGAAAGUCCAAAAAUGAUGAGUGGUGGUGGUUUGGUAGCUGUUGGUGGCGGCGGAGGAGGUGUAACACCAGUAGUCGGCGGAUAUCCGGUUGGUGUUGGUGGACCACCACAGACACCAGAUGGCAUGGAUUCGGUGCCAGAAUAUCCCUGGAUGAAGGAAAAGAAAACAUCACGUAAAAAUAAUAAUAACAGUAAUCAAGGUGAUAAUGCAAUAAAUGUACGCCUAAAUGAACAACAGUUGGAUAUAAAUGGCAAAUAA